AUGGCUUCCGUUGAUCAAGCUUCUUCGGUUCCUGUACCAGAUCCAGUGGAUUCUUCAGAUUCUAAUGAAUUGCAUCCCGAUCCAUACUGCUUGAAGAGUGGUGAUAAUCCUGGUUCUAUUCUGGUCACUGAGCUUUUGAUUGGACGUGGCAAUUAUCCAUCCUGGUCACGAGCAAUGGUUAUUGCUCUUACUGCCAAGAACAAAAUUGAGUUUAUCAAUGGUGUUAUCAGCAAACCAGAAGCCAAUUCUCCACUGUACAAAGCUUGGACUCUUGCGAACACAAUGGUUCUUUCUUGGAUAUACAACUCUGUGAACAAGAACAUCAAAUCUAGUGUGACGUACAAUGAGACUGCUAGGCAGGUCUGGUUGGAUCUGAAGCACAGAUUUGAUCAAGGCAAUGCUGCCAGGAUCUACUCACUGCAGAAGGCAAUUUCUCACAUUUCUCAAAACAAUCUUUUGGUGAGUGAUUACUUCACUAACUUCAAGACACUUUCUGAUGAAUUGAUGAAUUGUGAUCCUUUGCCUGAAUGUUCUUGUGGAGCAAUGAGGAUUUUGACUGAAAAAUUUGAGAAAGAUUGUGUGAUGAAGUUCUUAAUGGGACUGAAUGAGAACUAUGCUGCAAUUCGAACUCAAGUCCUCAUGGCUGAUCCAAUGCCUGAUCUGAAUAAGGUGUAUUCUAUGGUUCUUCAUGAGGAAAUGCAAAAGAACAUUAGUUCAUCCUCCUCCUCUGAGAUUGAAGCAGCUGCUUUGUAUUCUAAUGUAAGUGCUAAGUCUAAUUUGGGGAAUAGGUAUGGCAAUCGAAAGGAAAGGCCAAUUUGCAGUCAUUGUGGCAUUCAAGGGCACAUUAUUGACAAUUGUUACAAGUUACAUGGCUAUCCGCCUGGAUAUAAGCCAAAAGGAAAAUCAUCUUCAGCAAAUCAGGUUUCCAAUUUCAUUGGAAAUGAUCAAUUGGUCAUGUCAAAUUCUGGUUCCAUGUCCACCACUGGUUCACUGGAGCAUCAGGCCAUGAAGUGCCCUAUCACUCAAGAACAAUGCCAGCAGCUAAUAGCUUUCUUGAACAGCCAGUCUUUGGAUGGAUCUCAGGUUGGAAGUUCUCAUCAGGCAACCAAUGUGGUAGCAACAGGUCUUCACUCUCAGGCCAUGGUUCAGCACCCUCUAAUGCCAAAUUUCACAGUUCCCUUGCCUCAAAGACCUAUUGGUGAUGAUUCUAUUACACUUGGACCUCAAGGUGGUCUUGCAAAAGGAAUGUCAAUUACAGGACCACCAGCAAUGUCAAGUGCUCCUGCAGCUGAAAUAUCUCCUGGUGCUGCAGACUCCCGAAGAAUGGCAGUUGGCUUGAAUGGUUACAGUAUGGUGUCGGAGCGGACAACUUAUGGCCCAAGAGAGGAACUUGUUCCAAGAUAUAUUCCGGAUAGAUUUGCUGCUCCAGCAGCUUAUGACCAAUCAAGCCCUCAAGAGCGUUAUGUAAAUUUUGGUCGCAGAGACCUAAGGAAUCCUGAUCGGAGUUUUGAUAGAUCCGUUGUCACUUCACCAACAUCACACAUGGAGGGAGCAGCUGUUCCCCAAAAUGUUCCUUCAGAAAAGUUGCCUGAAGAACGCCUUAAAGAUAUGUCCAUUGCAGUAAUUAAAGAAUUUUACAGUGCCAGAGACGAGAAGGAAGUCAAAUUGUGCAUAAGAGACAUGAAUGCCCCAAGCUUUGAUAAACUUUUCGAACAAGUGAAAGCUGUAAACAUUGACAAUCCUGACACUCUAAUUUGUGUCGUCUCACAGAUCUUUGACAAAGCUUUAAUGGAACCUUCUUUCUGUGAAAUGUAUGCCAAUUUCUGUAGUCAUCUUUCCGUGGAAUUGCCUGAUUUCAGCAAAGACAAUGAAAAGAUAACUUUUAAGAGGGUGCUUUUGAAGAAGUGCCAGGAGGAAUUUGAGAGAGGGGAAAGAGAGCAAGAAGAAGCUAAUAAAGCUGAUGAAGAGGGUGAGAUCAAACAGUCUGCAGAGGAAAGAGAAGAAAAGAGAAUUAAGGCUCGAAGACGAAUGUUGGGUAACAUUAGAUUAAUUGGGGAGUUGUACAAGAAGAAAAUGUUGACUGAGCGAAUAAUGCACGCAUGCAUCCAGAAGUUGCUUGGUCAGUAUGAUAAUCCUGAUGAAGAAGAUAUUGAAGCUUUGUGCGAAUUGAUGAGUACUAUUGGAGAGAUGAUCGAUCAUUCCAAAGCCAAGGAGAAUAUGGAUGCAUAUUUUGAGAGAAUGAAGGCGUUCUCCAACAAUAUGAAUUUAUCUUCUAGGGUCAGGUUCAUGUUGAAGGAUUCAAUUGAAUUGAGAAAGAAUAAAUGGCAACAGCGGAGGAAAGUUGAAGGGCCGAAAAAGAUUGAGGAAGUGCACCGAGAUGCUGCUCAAGAACGACAGGCACAAACUAGCAGGCUGGGGGGUCGAGGAAGUAUCAACACUUCAACAAGAAGGACACCUAUGGAUUUUGGUUCAAGAGGGUCAACUAUGUUGUCUCCCUCAAGUGCGCAGAUGGGUGGUUUCCGUGGCCUGCCUAGUCAGGUUCGUGGAUUGGGUGGUCAAGAUGUUCGGUUUGAGGACAGAGUGCCUUAUGAGGCUAGGACCUUAUCUGUUCCCUUGCCUCAAAGACCUAUUGGUGAUGAUUCUAUUACUCAUGGACCUCAAGGUGAUCUUGCAAGAGGAAUGUCAAUUAGAGGACCACCAGCAAUGUCAAGUGCUCCUGCAGCUGAAAUAUCUCCUGGUGCUGCAGACCCUCGAAGAAUGGCAGUUGGCUUGAAUGGUUACAGUAUGGUGUCGGAGCGGACAACUUAUGGCCCAAGAGAGGAACUCAUUCCAAGAUAUAUUCCGGAUAGAUUUGCUCCCCCAGCAGCUUAUGACCAAUCAAGCCCUCAAGAGUGUAAUGUAAAUUUUGGUAACAGAGACCUAAAGAAUCCCGAUCAGAGUUUUGAUAGAUCAGUUGUCACUUCACCAACUCCACGCAUGGAGGGAGCAGCUGUUCCCCAAAAUGUUCCUUCAGAAAAGCUGCCUGAAGAACGGCUUAAAGAUAUGUCCAUUGCAGCAAUUAAAGAAUUUUACAGUGCCAGAGACGAGAAGGAAGUCGAAUUGUGCAUAAGAGACAUGAAUGCCCCAAGCUUCCAUCCAUCAAUGGUAUCUCUAUGGGUCACAGAUUCAUUUGAGAGGAAGGACAUGGAAAGGGAUGUUUUGACUAAGCUUCUAGUCAAUCUUACGAAGUCUCGUGAUGGUGUUCUGAAUCAAGCCCAGCUCAUCAAAGGGUUUGAAUCUGUUAUGACUAAUCUGGAGGAUGCCGUAAAUGAUGCCCCAAGAGCUCCAGAGUUUCUUGGUCGUCUCUUUGCGGAAGUCAUUACAGAAAAUGUGGUCCCUUUGAGUGAGAUUGGGCGGCUAAUAUACCAAGGAGGAGCGGAGCCAGGUUGUCUGCUAGAAUUGGGGCUUGCAGCAGAUGUUCUUGGAAGCACCUUGGAGGUAAUGAAAUCAGAGAAAGGAGAUUCUGUCUUAAACGAACUAUGCAAAAGCUCCAAUUUGCGCAUAGAGGAUUUUCGACCUCCGAAUCCUAACAGGUCAAGGAAAUUAGAUAAAUUUAUUUAGAGGAUAGUGAUGCUCGUUGUAUCUUUUAAGGAAAGGAAAAAAAAAA